AAAAUAUAUAAAAAGCCCAAUAGGAUUAUUUUAGGCAAAUUAUCAAGUGAUAUAUAUAUAUAUAUUAUUAAUAAUAAUUCUCGGGUGACAGUGUCUCAUUCAGUGGAUAAAUUCGUCGUAAGGGGAGGUCCCGCGGGCAACAACAAUACCACUCUGGAUACCACGCUGCUCCUAUGUCCCCGCGGCGCCGUUGGCGGUUGCAACACCCCCGGCAGUAGAGUGGAUCCCUGGUGGAAUCCUGAUACGACAACAACAACAACAACAACAACAACAACGACAGCAAAACCAACAUUGUCUUCACCAACCUCAUCAACUUGUUCACGAGAUUCAUUAACGGGUAUUCUUUCGUCACUUAAUGUAAGAAUUAAAUCGGAACCAACACCUCAAGGAAAUAAUAGCAAUCAUAAUAUUAAUAAUGAAACGAUAGAUGAUUUAAAUAAUUCGACACAAUCAGGAUAUUGUACAUCACUAUUGAGUUCUUUACUCUCAACAUCAAGAAUAUCAUCAAAUACAUCCGAUGCAAUAAAUAACAAUAUUCACAAUAACAAUAAUAAUCAAGAUAGCUCUGGUGGACCACAUUUAACGGGAUCAACAGGUAUUGAACCACCUCACAGUAGCAGUCAAUCGAGUGGACUUGUUGUUGUAGGAGGAGGUUCACCAUCUGAAGUAGUUGGUGUUGACAGCCUUUUAUUGCCAUGGACAACCAGUGGUCCCGAUUUUCUUGAACCGUCGGAUGUUAAACAAACAACAACUGGUUCUAUUCAAGAUACUUGGGAUACACUUUUACUGGGAUCAUCAGUGGGUGUCACUUCUGCCCAUUCAUUGGCUGAAUUGAAACCAUUACCACCAUUUACUGGUUAUACUGGACAUUUGAGUAUUAAUGGAAUACCUGGACAUCAUUAUCACACGAUAGCGUCAUCGGCACACAGACCAACUAUACAAUCAUCAUCUUCACCUACACCAUCUUCUAAUCACGAGUACUAUGAAUCCUCAGUUGUAUCAUCCAGUACACCCUGUCCACAGUCAACUCAAAAAUCAAAUCAACAAUCGCAUCAGUUACCCCAAUCAACAACUCAACAAGUUGAUUAUGAUAUUGAAGACAUUGCUGAAAUAAUAGGUUCUGCUAUUGCAGAUACAACCGUACCCGGUGGUGGUAGUGGUGGUAGUGGUGGUGGAAAUGGUGAUAAUAAUAAUAGUGGUGUUGUUGGUGGUAGUGGUGGUGGUGCUGGUGUUGGUGGUGCUGGUGGUAAUAGUGGAGGUAAUGGACCUGGCUCGGAAAAUGAUCCUGAUAAUUCGAGAGAUUGGAUUGAUAUUGCCGAAUGGAUUGAUACUGCUUGCUCACCAAAAACCCACGAAACCUCGUCACCAAAUCCCUACUCACAAAUAUACGCCUCACAAACAAAUCAUCAGCCUAAUCAUAAUCAUAAUCAUAAUCAUAAUCAUAAUCAUAACCAUAACCAUAAUCAUAAUCACAAUCACAGUCAUAAUCAGCAUGGAUCAACCUUACAAAGUUUAUUAACGACAACGAGUUAUGCACCUUUACUUCAAGCAAGACUUCAAGCUGGUAAUAAUACGGGUCUACAAAAUCCAUCAUGUGGUGAAACACCCUCCUCGACAAGUCCAUAUCCACCAGUUAGUCCACCUGGUAGAGUAUCAACCUCCUGUAGUCCAGAUCAUUUGCUACAUUCUUCGUUUGCUGCACCAUCUCACACGCGAAAACGAUCACGUCCAUCAUCAGCUGGUAAUCAAAAUCCUUCGAAAAAAAAUCCAGCUACUGCAGCAUUACCGUACGGUACCGAAUCAAGUCUUAUUGGUGGUAAAGAAAAACCCGUUCACCGAUGUUCUAUUUGUAAUCGAGGAUUUCUUAAUAAAAGCAAUAUAAAGGUCCAUUUGAGAACCCAUACAGGUGAAAAACCAUUUAGGUGUGAAGUUUGUGGAAAAGCUUUUCGACAAAAAGCUCACCUUAUUAAACAUCAACAAAUUCAUAAAAGAAUCGGUAGGGAU